UCAAUGUCUGUUGUGGCAGGAAGUUGUUGGAAUUCGGUUAAAAUCCGAUAGGAUAACAACAGAGCGGAGUUAUCUGUCGAAAUCCAUCCGACGAAGAUUCUCGAUGGAUAACACCGGAUAUUGCAACGAGAGCAGCACAAGUGACGAGGACAUGGUGGAGAUAGCAGGGGCGACGUUAGACUUCUCUAAUACAGAGGAUGUACCACCCUUGGACCGAGACAAAUGUUCUGGGGAUAACCCAGGUAUGGAGGAGGUGAACGGGGUGCCUAAGCUGAUGGACUUGCUGGAUGAUCCGGUGCCAGGGGUGGGCACCUAUGAGGACUUUAACACCAUAGACUGGGUGCGGGAGAAGUCCAAAGACCGCGACCGCCACAGAGAGAUUACCAGUAAAAGCAAAGAGUCCACAUGGGCGCUGGUGAAGAGUGUCAGUGAUGCCUUCUCUGGAUGGCUGCUCAUGCUGCUGAUCGGACUCAUGUCAGGUGCUUUGGCAGGUGGGAUCGACAUAUCAGCCCACUGGAUGACAGACCUCAAGGAAGGGGUUUGUCUGAACGGGUUCUGGUUCAACCAUGAGCACUGCUGUUGGACCUCCAACGAGACCACCUUCCAGGAGAGGGACAAGUGUCCCCAGUGGAAAAGCUGGGCCGAGCUCAUCAUUGGCACAACAGAGGGUCCCUUUGCGUACAUUACGAACUACCUAAUGUACGUGUGCUGGGCUCUACUAUUCGCCUUCCUGGCUGUGACUCUGGUCAGGGCCUUCGCCCCCUAUGCCUGUGGCUCUGGAAUCCCAGAGAUCAAAACCAUAUUGAGUGGGUUCAUCAUACGAGGGUACCUGGGGAAGUGGACCCUGAUCAUCAAGACCAUCACCCUGGUCCUGGCUGUGUCGUCGGGGCUCAGCCUGGGGAAGGAGGGGCCCCUGGUCCACGUGGCCUGCUGCUGUGGCAACAUCCUAUGCCACCUGUUCACCAAGUACCGUAAGAACGAGGCCAAGCGCAGAGAGGUUCUGUCUGCUGCUGCUGCCGUUGGUGUGUCUGUGGCUUUUGGUGCCCCCAUAGGAGGAGUGCUCUUCAGUCUGGAAGAGGUGAGCUACUACUUCCCUCUGAAGACCCUGUGGCGGUCGUUCUUCGCGGCCCUGGUGGCAGCCUUCACCCUGCGCUCCAUCAACCCGUUUGGCAACAGCCGCCUGGUGCUGUUCUACGUGGAGUUCCACACCCCCUGGCACCUCCUGGAGCUCAUACCCUUCGUCCUCCUUGGCAUCUUUGGCGGUAUCUGGGGCGCUUUCUUCAUCCGAGCCAACAUCGCGUGGUGCCGGCGGCGUAAGACCACGUGGCUGGGCCACUACCCGGUCCUGGAGGUGCUGGUUGUCACCGCAGUCACGGCGGUGGUGGCUUUCCCUAACAGCUACACCCGCACCAGCACCAGCGAGCUCAUCUCUGAGCUCUUCAACGACUGUGGCCUGCUGGACUCCUCCAAGCUGUGUAACUAUGACAACGCCAACGUUACCAAGAGCAGCAACGAGCUGCCGGACCGUCCAGCUGGAGAUGACGUCUACACGGCCAUGUGGCAGCUGUCCCUGGCCCUUGUCUUUAAGAUGCUCAUCACCGUGGUUACCUUUGGCAUGAAGGUUCCUUCCGGGCUGUUCAUUCCUAGUAUGGCGGUGGGGGCGAUUGCAGGCAGGCUGCUGGGUAUAGGCAUGGAGCAGCUGGCCUACUACCACCAUGACUGGGCGAUCUUCAGGGGCUGGUGUUCUCCUGGUGCUGACUGCAUCACCCCAGGCCUCUACGCCAUGGUGGGGGCUGCUGCUUGCUUAGGUGGGGUGACCCGCAUGACCGUAUCCCUGGUGGUCAUCAUGUUCGAGCUGACCGGAGGGCUGGAGUACAUCGUGCCCCUGAUGGCCGCGGCCAUGACCAGCAAGUGGGUGGCGGACGCCAUCGGGCGCGAGGGCAUCUACGAGGCGCACAUCCGCCUCAACGGUUACCCCUUCCUGGAGGCCAAGGAGGAGUUUAGCCAUAAGACCCUGGCCAUGGACGUGAUGCGGCCGCGUCGCAGUGACCCGCCGCUCUCCGUACUGACCCAGGACGGCAUGACGGUAGAGGACGUGGAGACCAUGAUCACAGAGACCACCUACAGCGGGUUCCCCGUGGUGGUCUCCCAUGAGUCCCAGCGCCUGGUGGGCUUCGUGCUGCGCAGGGACCUCACCAUCUCCAUAGAUAAUGCCAGACAGCGUCAGGAUGGGAUAGUGAGCACCUCGAGGAUCUUCUUCACGGAGUACACGCCCCCUCAGCCCCCCAGCAGCCCCCCUCCUCUGAAGCUGCGGGGCAUCAUGGACCUUAGUCCCUUCACUGUCACAGACCACACCGCCAUGGACAUUGUGGUGGACAUCUUCAGGAAGCUGGGCCUGCGCCAAUGCCUCAUCACACACAAUGGUCGGUUGCUGGGGAUUAUCACAAAGAAGGACAUUCUGAAGCACGUGGCCCAGAUAGCCAACCGGGACCCAGACUCGAUCCUCUUCAACUGAUGCUUCAGUACCAGCUGCAGAACCUUUGGCCAGACACCACUGUGGAACCACAGCUUUUACCCAGGCCGGUCUCCAGGCCAACUCCAUUGCACUAUGUUCACGUCUAACUAGUGGAUUUCCUCCCACUUUUGAAAGCAUUGCAGUGACAACUGACCGCUUCAUUAGACCUAUAGAGGCAGAGAAUUCAUUGCACUUCAACAGCAAGCUGGCUUUCCGGGAUUGACCCAAACGAUGAACUGGAUUUAGGAAAAAGUCUAUGGCUUAUUAAAUGACCGUCGGUAACUGGGAGAACAUUCUUUCCCCUUGGCCGGAUAGGCAGGAGUGGUCUUCCUCGUCAGCUGUUCAGGUAUAGCAUGUGUCUCCUAGAGCUACCAAGGAUCCUAAAGGAGCUGAGACCAAGUCUGGAAUCCUGAGGUACAAGCCAAACCACUGCCAUUUGAAAACUUAACCCCCAUACAAUCACUAAGCUAGGAGUGGAAAUAAUCAGCUUCAACCUAUCAAACACUUUUAGCUCCAAAGAAAUGUAUGUUUCUUUGGCAUUGUCUUUCUUUUUUGUCAUGUAAUAGGUGAUGGUUUUGACACAGACCAGGUUUUCUUCUACAGACACACUGUUAUUACAGACUAAAAUAACCUUCCUUGGAAACAUGCGUGCUGUGGUUAUCCUCUUUGACCACAGGGAGGCACUACUGUGCGCUAACCAGCACUAACCGGCUCAGUCUCUCCAGAAUUCUGCUAUCGAUUCUUCUUUUUUUGCUAAGUCAAUUUGACAUAUUAUGCGAUGACUUGCACAUUUGACCAAUCACCGUACCAUUUCCACGUGAAACAGUCUAAUUAUUGCGUUAAACUGACCCAUCACCGCAGGGCAAAAAGUGAAUUUCAGCCAAUCACUGCACUUUUAACAAAAUUCAACAAAAUGCUUCCCUCAUCAGCACAUGCAAAAUGUCAGAAUUGCCGCAGCGAAGUCAAGGUUUUUGUCCUGCAAAUAUCACCAAAAAGCCCAGUGCAAUCCAGGAGGGACUGAUUACUAAACUUUAUCAACUGAUCAGUAACACUCAAAAGUGCAACCGUGAAAAUAUGCAUUACUCAUUUUGAAGACGCACCCCUAUAUUUCUGAGCUUCAUGACCUUUUCAGUGACUAGUAUUUAUUGCGCACCAUAUACUUGCAUCACAAGUACACCGAUCACUUUAUCCAGCACACUACACAAUCAUCAAGUCAGUGAUGAUGAGUCUUAACAGGUAGUUUGAGGUCAUGGACAAGAUCAGUGUUGGUGUAUCGAGAAGAGGAAGAGGUCUCCAGUAUGUCACAUCUCAUAUCAUCUUCCUCUUAUCUCGUCGUCUGUCCAUGGUCUGAGAGGGGCACACGUGUCCAGUGUUCUUGUUGCGCUCACUUCCUUGUCUUCUUGCUAAAGCCCCAGGCAAGGGCUGGCGGAUCUAGAGAGAGGACUGGCCUGUCAACACUAGUGAAGAACUCUGGAUCUCUUUCUCCCUAUUAUCUCAUCCUCUUACUGUCUCACGAGACCCUCGUGUCGUACGACGUCAAAGUCCACACUAAGAAUGAGUGACUGAAGUAUUGCGUACGCUCUUAAACGCGAUCCGAGCUGAGGAACCUGCCCUGCGAGGAAUGCUCAAAUCUCACUUUUACCUUGAGCAGGUUGAUGGUGGCCAUUCUUAAGCUAGGUUUAUGGAUUCGUUGACACCCUGCUUUAUCCAUAAGUGUGUCUCCAUUGUUGUAUUACUUGUAUACCGUAGUUCAUUUUAACUGUAGGGUUUCAUAUUUCAUUUUUAAUGCACUUUAUUUACAAAUAAAGUACUUAUCAGUUUUUUUUUUUGGGGGGGGGGGUGUAGCUACAGUUACAUUAUUAAACUGUGUGUCUGUUUGUAUUAGUAUUUAUGCUAUCUGCAAUGGUGUUGUAUCACUACCAUCUGCAAUGGUUUUGUAUCACUACCAUCUGCAAUGGUUUUGUAUCGCUACCAUCUGCAAUGGUUUUGUAUCACUACCAUCUGCAAUGGUUUUGUAUCACUACCAUCUGCAAUGGUUUUGUAUCGCUACCAUCUGCAAUGGUUUUGUAUCACUACCAUCUGCAAUGGUUUUGUAUCACUACCAUCUGCAAUGGUUUUGUAUCACUACCAUCCGCAAUGGUUUUGUAUCACUACCAUCCGCAAUGGUUUUGUAUCACUACCAUCCGUAAAUGGUUUUGUAUCACAACCAUCUGCAAUGGUUUUGUAUCACUACCAUCUCAUGUAAAGAGGUGCAACUGAGAUUCAAAAAUGUGAAAGAUGAAUAAUUUAUUUAUUCCCCCUGUCAUUUUAACUUUGCUAUGAAUUAAAACCAUGUUAACUUUCA